CCUCAGGCCCGGCAGCAGCCCCCGCAGUCGCUGGAGCGGCCGCGCCCGCCGCGGGGAGGGAGCAGCCCCUGGGGAGGCUCCAAGUUGGUGGAGCGGCGAGGACCCUUGGACCCCUCGGAGGCUCGCCCCAACCCCCGGGAGGGGCUGCCAGGCGAGUCCAGGCGGGCAGGGGCUCCGCGUUGCCCCGCUCCCCCAGCCCCCAGCUCCCAGCCCGCCGCGGCACCAUGCGCGCCCAGCGAGCGUGACCGGCUCCGCCCGCAGCCGGCCCGCAGCCCAGCCCUGCGCGCUCGCCGGCCACACCAAACGGCGCCCGGGAGCUAUGAGCCAUGAAGCCGCCCGGCAGCAGCUCCCGGCGGCUGCCCCUGGCGGGCUGCAGCCUUGCCGGCGCCUGCGGCGGCCCCGUCAGCCCGGUGCCUGCCCGCGCCCCGGCCCGCGCGCCGCCCUGCCGCCUGCUCCUCGUCCUUUUCCUGCUGCCUCGGCUCGCCGCCUCGUCCCGGCCCCGCACCUGGGGGGCUACUGCUCCCAGCGCUCCGCAUUGGAAUGAAACUGCAGAAAAAAAUUUGGGAGUCCUGGCAGAUGAAGACAAUACAGUGCAACAUAAUAGCAGCAGUAAUGUCAGUUACAGCAAAGCAAUGCAGAAAGAGAUCACACUGCCUUCAAGACUCAUCUAUUACAUCAACCAAGAUUCAGAAAGCCCUUACCAUGUUCUUGAUACAAAGGCAAGACACCAGCAAAAACACAAUAAGGCUGUCCAUCUGGCCCAGGCCAGCUUCCAGAUAGAAGCUUUCGGCUCUAAAUUCAUUCUUGACCUCAUACUGAACAAUGGUUUGCUGUCUUCUGAUUAUGUGGAGAUUCACUACGAGAAUGGGAAACCACAGUACUCCAAGGGUGGGGAGCACUGCUACUACCACGGGAGCAUCAGAGGCAUCAAAGACUCCACGGUGGCGCUGUCAACCUGCAAUGGUCUUCAUGGUAUGUUUGAAGAUAAUACCUAUGUGUAUAUGAUAGAGCCACUGGAGCUGAUUCAUGAUGAGAAAAGUGCUGGUGGUCGACCACAUGUAAUCCAAAAAUUCAUGGCAGGACAAUAUUCGAAGCAAAUGAAGAAUCUCAGUAUGGAAGGCAGUGACAAGUGGCCCUUGCUGUCUGAAUUACAGUGGCUGAAAAGAAGGAAGAGAGCAGUGAAUCCAUCUCGUGGAGUGUUUGAAGAAAUGAAAUAUUUGGAACUUAUGAUUGUCAAUGAUCACAAAACAUAUAAGAAGCAUCGCUCUUCUCAUGCACACACUAACAACUUCGCCAAGUCUGUGGUCAACCUUGUGGAUUCUAUUUAUAAGGAGCAGCUCAACACCAGGGUUGUCCUGGUGGCCGUUGAGACGUGGACCGAGAAGGAUCACAUUGACAUCACGACCAACCCUGUGCAGAUGCUUCACGAGUUCUCCAAAUACCGGCAGCGCAUCAAGCAGCAUGCGGAUGCUGUGCACCUCAUCUCACGCGUGACAUUCCACUAUAAGAGAAGCAGUCUGAGUUUCUUUGGAGGUGUCUGUUCUCGCACAAGAGGCGUUGGUGUGAACGAGUAUGGUCUUCCAAUGGCAGUGGCACAAGUCUUAUCACAGAGCCUGGCUCAAAACCUUGGAAUCCAAUGGGAGCCUUCUAGCAGAAAGCCAAAGUGUGACUGCACAGAAUCCUGGGGUGGCUGCAUCAUGGAGGAGACAGGGGUAUCCCAUUCCCGAAAAUUUUCGAAAUGCAGCAUUUUGGAAUAUAGAGACUUUUUACUGAGAGGGGGUGGAGCCUGUCUUUUCAACAGGCCAACAAAGCUGUUUGAGCCCACAGAAUGUGGAAACGGAUAUGUAGAAGCUGGGGAGGAAUGUGAUUGUGGUUUCCAUGUGGAAUGCUAUGGCUUGUGCUGUAAGAAAUGCUCUCUUUCCAACGGAGCACACUGCAGUGAUGGACCCUGCUGUAACAAUACCUCAUGUCUUUUUCAACCACGUGGUUAUGAAUGCCGAGAUGCUGUGAAUGGCUGUGAUAUUACUGAGUACUGCACAGGGGAUUCUGGUCAGUGCCCACCAAAUCUUCAUAAGCAAGAUGGAUAUGCAUGCAAUCAAAAUCAGGGUCGUUGCUACAAUGGCGAGUGCAAGACCAGGGACAACCAAUGUCAGUUCAUCUGGGGAACAAAGGCUACAGGAUCUGACAAGUUCUGCUAUGAAAAGCUGAAUACAGAAGGGACUGAGAAGGGCAAUUGCGGGAAGAAUGGAGACCGUUGGAUCCAGUGCAGCAAACAUGACGUGUUCUGUGGGUUUUUACUCUGUGCCAAUCUUACUCGAGCUCCGCGUAUUGGUCAGCUCCAGGGUGAGAUCAUCCCAACUUCCUUCUACCAUCAAGGCCGGGUGAUUGACUGCAGUGGUGCUCAUGUAGUUUUAGAUGAUGAUACAGAUGUGGGCUACGUAGAAGAUGGAACACCAUGUGGCCCCUCCAUGAUGUGCUUAGAUCGGAAGUGCCUACAGAUUCAAGCCCUCAAUAUGAGCAGCUGUCCUCUUGAUUCCAAGGGUAAAGUCUGUUCAGGCCAUGGGGUGUGUAGUAAUGAAGCCACCUGCAUCUGCGAUUUCACCUGGGCAGGAACAGACUGCAGUAUCCGGGAUCCGGUUAGGAACUUGCCCCCGCCAAAGGAUGAAGGACCCAAGGUGAACUUGGCCACGAGCAGGCUAAUAGGGGCCGUGGCCGGCACCAUUCUGGCCCUGGGGGUGAUUUUUGGAGGCACAGGGUGGGGAAUAGAGUAAGCAUCUUACGAGUUUCUGAGUAUUUCUGUGUGGUGCCUGGUGUGUGAAAUGAAGCUUGUUAUCUGUCUCUGCCAAGUUCUGUCUUGUGGACUCUGUUCCCUGUGGUCGUGCCACUUGUGGUGUGAUUUGGAUGUGUUUGUGUCUUGUGGUUUUCUCGUGUAAUACUGAACCUUCUCCUGUCUGGAACAAUGUGGGGCAUAAAAUAUUGUUGGGGGUGCUUAUGGUAUAUUCCCAAUUAAGCAACAGUCCAAACUUCCACAACUCUAUCACUUAUAAGAGAAAUUUAA